UUGGAAUUGCCUUUGCUUUUUUCACACUUGGGGAGGCCAGAUGUAAAUGCCCUUUCUUUAUGAUUUCUAGGUGGCCUCCUCUUACUGUAGUUUAUAGGCAACGAAAUACACACAGUACCAUCCCUUCAGUGUGUUUAAACUUAACUCUCCCACGUGGUCAACGUCCAAGGCCCAAUUCAGUAGAAUCAACUUGUUUUAACUACUCUCAAGGCAACUGGAUGGUUGGGCCUCAUGCCCCACCAGUGCCCACUGUGCCUGCUGGGCACUGCUCCCUACCUGGAGCCACUCCUUCCUCUGGGCCUGGAGAGGAGAGGGUAGGAGGUACACUCCCAGGCCAUCUUGGCAGAAAGAAAACCUUGUGGAUCAGUUGGGAAAGACAGUUUGCCUCCCCUCGAGAGCACAGGCAGGGGACUGACAGCGUGAACUGUGGUUCUGGUGUUUAGGCUCCCCUCCCCGCCCCUCCUCUCUUCUAAGUUCCUUUGUUUGUUAGGGAUUCUCCAGGGGUCUGGGCCAGGCCGUGUGCUCUUGGUGUCUUUCUCUGCCUGGUCUGCCCUCUUUCUGUUUGUUUUGUGUGCUGGCCCCAGUGUCCCUUUGUUUUGAACACACCCAUAUUGUUUCAUCAAAAAAGCAAAUGCAUCCUCUAUCCACGUGCAAAAGAAUGAAGUUGGACCUUUUUUAACGCCGUAUGCAAAAAUUAAGUCAAGAUCGUUCGAGGACUUAAACGUAAGACCUAAAACAAUAAAACUUUUAGGAGAAAACAUAGGACAGAAGCUCCAUGACAUUGGACUUGGUGAUGAUUUCUCGGAUAUGACACCAAAGGCACAGGUAACAUGAAAAAAAUAAACUAGACUCAUGAAAAUUAAAAAAUUUUGUACAUCAAAAGACACUGAACAGAGUAAAAAGCCAACCCACAGAAGGGGAGAAGACAUUUUCAAAUCACUAUCAACCAAAAAGAGAACUGCAGGAGGCUGCAGAUAAGAAAAGAGUUUAUUUGGGGUGUUAAGAAUUGCAGCUUGGGAGACACAGAUUUGGGUAAAACCGAAAGAGCUUUCCGAGGAAGAGAAAGAAUCAGGGGCUUUAUAAUAAAGGCGAAAGCCACGAGGCUGAGUUCUGACGCAAGAAAGGAAAUAUUUGUCCUUAAGGGAUGGCUGUCACGAGUUGUUUUAGGGUCUGGGUCCCACAGGUAUCUUGAGUUUCUGGCAGGUGUCCUGGAUGCCUUCAUCAGGACAGGACGUGGUCACAGGGUCAGAUUCCGUCCGGGCUGAGAGGAGCGUAAGGUCCGUCCUCAGUGGCCUCCUGGCUCUGUUUGAGAGGCUCUCUGAGCAACACUGACUCCAUUUUGAUUUUCCUUCCACAUCGUAUGUCUGAUAAAGGAUCAGUAUCCAGAAUAUAUAGAGAACUCCUAAAGCUCAACAGCAAGAAACAAGCAACCUGAUGCAGAAAUGAGCAAAAAAACUUGGAUAGACAUUUCUCCGAAGAAGACAUACCAAUGGCCAAGAAGCCCAUGCAAAGAUGCUCAACAUCACUGAUUAUCAGGCAAAUGCAAGUCAAAACUACAGUGAGAUAUCACCUCACCCAUUAGGAUUGCUGCUUCCAAAAAACAGAAGAGAAAACAAGUGUUGGCGAGGAGAAGUUGCAAUUGGUGGUGGGAAUGUAGAGUGGUGCAGCUGCUGUGGAAGAGAGUAUGGGAAUUCCUCAAAAAGUUAAAAGUAGAAUUACCAUAUGAUCCAGAAACUCUGCUUCUGGAUAUAGACCCAAAAUGAUUGAACACAGGGCCUCAAAGAGAUAUUUGUGCACCCAUGUUCAUAGCAGCAUUACUGACCAUAGCUAAAAUUGUGGAAGAACCCAAGUGUCAGUUGGUCCAUGGAUGAAUGGACAAGCACAACUUGGUCUGUGCAUACAAUAGCAUAUUAUUCAGGCCUGAAAAGGAAGGAAAUCCUUUUAGGAUUUCCUAAACACAUGCUGCAACAGGGAUGAACCUUGAAGACAUUAUGCUGAGUGACACAAGCCAGUCACAAAAGGACAAAUACUGUGUGAUUCCACUUACAGGAGGUCCCUGGGGGAGUCAGAUUCAUAGGGGCAGAAGAGCAGUGGGGGCCAGGGGCUGGAGGGGGAGGAGUUAGUGUUCAGUGGGGACAGAGUUUCAGUUUUACAAGAUGAAAAGAGUUGUAGAGGUGGAUGGUGGCAAUGGUUGUAUUUUAUACUACUGAACUGUACGCUUGGAAAUGGUUAAGGUGGUAAAUUUUAUGUGCAUUUUAACACGAUGAAUAAAUGGAAAAGAAAUCUUAUCUGCAAAUGCAAGGUGGUAUCCCGGAUUGGAUCCUGGAACAGAAAAGGGUGUUAGUGGAAAACCUGGUGAAAUACAAAAGAGCUCGCAGUUCCGUUGUCAGCGGUGUGCCAGUGUCGGUUUCUUGGGUGUGAUGGGCACUGCAGUACGUGAGAUGUUAACAGGGGCGGGGCUGGUGUAGGAGUGCACUGUGCCUCGGUAUUGCAACUUUUCUGGAAAUGUAAGAUUAUUCCAAAAUAAAACGUUUAUUUGAAAAACAUGGAAAAGCAACUGCAUCCUCGGUCUCUGGGGAGUGAUCAUGGGGCCCCAGCUCCAUCAGAGGAGGCUCCUUGCCGGAGUCUCGCCUCCUGGGGUCACUUCUCGGGCCAGCCCGAGCUCACCUACUGGGGUCUCCAGGGGCCAGAGUGCUGAGUGGCCUCCUUCCUCUCCCCCUCCGUGAGGCAGGGAGGCGUGAGGCAGGGAAAUGGCGGCAGGGAGUGGGUUCCUGGGGGAGGAAGGGGAAGAAGCAGGGAAGGAGCAGAGAGCCCGCGGCGGCCGGACCUGCCGGAGCCUCAGGAGGGGGACGAGAGCAUGUGGCUGGACAGCGUACAGACCCGCUUUGGUCUCCAUCCAAACUCGUCUGCAGAUUGACUCAGGGGUCAGCUUCAUCAUUUUGUUAAAAAGUAAACAACUCCCGUCUCCCCCAGCGGUGCUCUCAGGCCGAGCCUCUGCUCUGAACACGAGCUUCUUGCGUCAACUUCCAGUAGUUUCCAGGGGCCAGAGACCCCCGCUACGGGAUCAUGUCAGGAUAGAAUAUGGCGGGGACCCCGUCCAGGUGGGACUGGUGGCACAGAACGGACUUGAGGGUGGCCCUCCCUAGUGGCGAGCAGGGAAGCUGUGGGCCAUCUGCACCCCAAGCCACUCGCACCCCGCUUUCCCGGCUGGAAACAUCUGUCGUUGGGUCUCAUUCAUCCGCGUGCGUAAGUAUAAAUCACCUGUGCGUACGUGCGGUUCCUAGUCUCACGAGAGCGAUCUUAGAGCAAAGAUGGAUUUUCUCUCCAUUGUUUUCUGGAUCUACUGAGCAGACUUUCCCCCUCGAAUUGACAGUCUGUGGAAACACUAGAUUGGCAGGGCAUUUCCUGACCCAGCAAGUAGAAGUGAAAAGUAAGUUCUGUGUAGAAAUCAAGCAAUCACACGAGUGACCCAAUUGCUGGGGAAUUUUAAGAAGUAGCUUGGUUUUCAUGACUUCAAAAAAGGCCAGCAGCCACGCAAACACUUUGCCUUUAAAGUGGUGUUUGUGGGGCGACGGGCUGGAGGCCGAGAUUCACGUCUCUUUGCAGGAGGGAGUGAAGACGGAGAACGGCCACAUCAACCUGAAGGUGGCGGGGCAGGACGGCUCCGUUGUCCAGUUCAAGAUCAAGAGGCACACGCCGCUCAGCAAGCUGAUGAAGGCCUACUGCGAGCGCCAGGGCUUGUCAAUGAGACAGAUUCGAUUCAGGUUUGAUGGACAACCAAUUAAUGAAACCGACACCCCAGCACAGCUGGAGAUGGAGGACGAAGACACCAUCGACGUGUUCCAGCAGCAGACGGGGGGGUCCGGGGCGGCCAGCUGCCUCUGGGGUGCAGCCCCUAGAGCCGCCGUCCCCUCGUGUCACUGCGCUCGUGUUCGCUAUUGAACAGUGCAGGUGUGACCAUGCCCGCACCAGGGAGGCUCAGACACCGAGGACAUUCCCCAGAAGGACUUUGCUCUCUGAUGUACUUCAGUGCGGCCGCGGGGAUGUCCACGGCUUCCCCCGGCCCAUCACCCCGGUACCUCUGUUGGGGUAAAAUGCAUGGCGAGGGGUUUUGGUUUUGUUUUUACUUUCAUUUUUGUUUUUCCUCCCUCCUAUGACAUUUCCCCCAAACCUGUGGCCCGAGUGCCCACUUUCCGUCUAGGUGGGGCUCUUACCCCAGGUACUGGCCCCUACCCAUUCCAGUCAUGUAGAGAACUCACGUCACUGCUCUGGGGGUGUUUCCGUGGGGUGAGUUUUGGGGACACAGUCGGGAUGGGAGACAAACUUUCACUUAUCUUGCUGGCACAGGUCUUUUUAAUGCUAAAUAUUACAAGUGUGAGCUUUGUCAGAAUAUAGUAAAGUUGAAGGGAAAAUACUGGAAUGUUUCUUAAAAGGUAAGAAGUUCUUCAGUAACGUGGCCCCGCGUGGGGCCUGGGGCCCAGGACCCAUCGCCACCCAUGGCCAGUGAUGCUGUUCAGGGGCAGUGAAAGUUGGCUUUUCCCCUCUUCCUUAACAGAGAAAAAAGUAAUUCCCACACGUCUCACCUGGUAAUAGUGCCGGGGCCUCAGAUUUCUUCUAGUAUUUGCUUCUGAUGAAUGACAGUCUGUAUAUAAAAAAGGAAGAUUGAGUAUUGCUGAUUUUGCAAUUAACGUUUUUGUGUAAGAGAGCUGCUUCAAAGUGUGGUUACGAGUGAAAGACGGCUCCGGGGUCUCCCCAUGGACUGUGCUCUGCUCCCCAAGUUGGUAUGGAGUUUACGUGUUACAUGUGAUUUCAGUUCUGUGAAGCAUUUGGGGUCUGUCCUGGUUAAACUCCGAUAGUUGUCCUGUUGCCCUUGUGUGUGGACCCACUGCCGCCGGAUGGCCCGGCAUUGCUUGUUCGGGUCACCUGGGCAGCGCGACCACCGUCCUCUCUUGUCUGGCUGGCAUCUCGCUGAAGAUGUCUGCUUUUCCUUUGUAUUUUGCUCUUCGGGCGCGGGUGGGAUGUCUGCUGGCUCUGUUGUGUUUAUUCCCGUUUGUACGUUAUUUGUCGUCCUUUACUACUGUCGACAGUAAAUAGAGUUUGGUAUUCUG